UUUCAAAAGUUGUACACAAACAUGUUCAAAUGUAUCUCAAGCAUCAACUAGAACUAACAGAUUGGAAGGGUUUACCAAUGAGGAGUUUAACUUUGCAAAAAUGGGGAUGAUUGUGCUGAAUGUUCUUACUGAUGUUUUAUUUGAUCUAAUCAAACAAGAUAAAGCAUUCCUUCGUCCUAGAAAGGAUUGUGAUAUAACAUAUUUGUACAGUGAGCUCAGAAAAACUAAUAAACAUAUUCCAAGUUCUGGAUGGGGAGGCACAUGGCAAACAGUUCAGUCUACAGACAUAGCUAUUGGGGAUGACAUUGAGCGUAUACGACUUACACGUAAUGAAAUACUCCAUUCUGAGACAUUUAAAGUUAACGAAAAACGCUUUAGUGACUUACGUAAAAUACUUUUCGACCUUUUAACACGGUUUGAUGAAUAUACCAAACCUACCAGGUUGUAUAUGGAUCAUUUUAAUGACAUUGUUGCCAAAACUAUUUCUGAAAAAGAAGUUCAAGUUGUUCGUCAACGGAUUGAAAAUAAUCUCAAAUCAGAAAUGGAUAUUGAAGUUGAAAUUGAACACCAAUUGAAUGUUGCACCUCUAUAACAUGAUAAAACAAAGGACAUGGCUGAAUAUUCGUAACUGCCAGCGAUUAUUACAGAAUGUUAGAAUAACUGAUUUACAAAGGACAAAUCUCAAACCUUUAAAUGACCUUUUUCAUGGUUAAAGAUGAUAUGUCAGGUUGAUGCAAAAUCACGUUAAGAUUCGCGUGCUUAACAAACUGUUUUGUAACAUGACCAAGUUUUAAAAGAAGAAAGAAUAGACAUAA